GAGCAGUAGAAGCUGUUUAUAUGCAACUUUGAAGCUAUUUUUUUUUGUCCAUGAUCUAGAAACUAGAUGAAAUAGGUCAGACGGUUGCGGUUCUACAGCAACAAGAUUGUGUUCUCCUACAACUUCUUUAAACAGAGAGACGAGAGUGUGCUGCAGCGUGGUUUUACAAGUUUUGUACGAGGAGAAGGAAUCCGACGAGAACGUCUUUCUUGACAUAGAUUGAUGUAGCAGGCGCAUCAGAUGAUAGCCGAUUCUUAUCGUGCAUGCUCGCUUCGGUAAAAGAUCUAUUGAACAUCAACAUCAUAACCGUCGUAAAGAUAUACUAUACCCACUUUUGGUGUAGAUGCACGACAUUUUCCUCCUUCAUUCCCUCACUUUACAGAAAAAAAUGGUCUCCAACUAGGUACGCCUGUGUAAUUAUAGAUGUUUGAGUUUGUCCCCAAGCCCAGCGCAACACAACCUAGAUUUUUCCACUUUCUUAUCUUUGAUUGUGUGUUUUUGUGUAUUUGAUAGGUUCCGUUUUUGUUUUAGUCUGGAAUUGUGGAGCGGCUUUUCUUGCUCCUGUGUAGGGAUGUACGCGGAGAACCCAUAUUUAAUAUUGACUUGAUUAUUCCUAGAAAUAGCGAAACGCUUUAUUUUUGCCUAUGAUGUGAUCAUCAACAAACAAACAAACAUUCAACAUAUAAUCUGAAGUGUCUUGUUGUCUAAAACGACCUACAAAAUCAUGUCCGAUCAUUCCUCUUCGAUUAUGUCGCGUUUCCAACCCUUAACGACCACCCUGGUCGGGCCUCUUGCUCGUUACCUCGGACUUCUUCCGCCAGACGAUGCUCAGCAAGAAGGUUUUUGGGGUUCCCGCAAUGCCAACAUCCACUUUUGUGAACCUGCCUAUGUCCGUUCACCCUAUAUUGCAGAGUUCUGGAAUACGCUGACGAACUUGUUUCCUCUCUUGCUGGGGAUAUUUGGUAUGAUUUGGACAGCGAGGAUGCGGGAGAAAUCGAGGGUGACGUCAGAUAAGAUUGCUAGUCGUGCGUCAAAGGUGACAGCAAGUGAAGGCAAGAAUCAAUCGUCUACUGCUGCUGCAUCGACCACAUCAAUCAUGUCAACAGGUGGAGUACCUGGAAGGAGCGCUGAAGGUUUCUCCACGCCGGUGAAAGAAGCUCCUUCUGCCACCAGAAGAUCUAGGGAACAAGUACAAGAAGAAACGCGUGCCACAACUACAACCAGCUCGACAGGACGAAGAAAACCAGACAGUUCUUCAUCGUGGAGCAUGUCCAACACGUCUGUGGUCAAGAAGUUUUUGACUUUGCCGUCAGCUCUCACGGGCUCUCCUACGUUGUCCGAUGCCAAACCGAGACGUCCUUCUUCCUGGCGACUCUCCUCAAUGUUUUCGUCACCCUUCUCCGGAGGAGCUGCUAAUAAAGACGCCGUCGUGUCGCCGCCGAAUACUCCACCUCGAUCACCGGUUGAUAAUAAAGACCCCGUCGUGUCGCCGCCGAAUACUCCACCUCGGUCACCGGUUGAUCAACGAGUACAAACAGACACCGCUCUUCAAAGUUCUUCGUGUGGCGAGAGCUCAGUUGAAGAGGAUGAAGACGAGAUGGAAAUCCUUUCCAUGCUAGGCGAGGAUGUGGACUGCUCCGCUCUUCUCAUGUCGUCCUCCAGUGUGCGAAAUCAGCUUGAUGUAGAUGGAGCUAUCACGACAUCUACUUCUACUUCUACAGUAAUAAAAAUCCCCUCGCUGCGAACAUGCGACAAGGCCUACUGCCUUUGCCAAGCGUCCUGGGUCAGCUUCAUGUUGAUGGGCAUCGGAAGCGGGCUCUUCCACGCCACGCAGUCCUUCUGGGCCGAACUGUGCGACGAGCUCGGCUUGAAUCUCAUGCUCGUUUGUUUCCUAGCCAGCCAAGUGGAUAGCACGCCACCUCUACGGACGCCUGGCGGUCGCCGUUUUGCACUAGUCUACAAUCCGAUUGUCGUCCUCAUCUGCGUCCUGAUCUACCUGUCCACGAAUGCGCACGCAUUUUUCACCUUCUACUUCACAGUUCAAGUCGCCGUCUGUGGAUACUGCAUGUUCGCGAGUGCUGACAUCCGGAAUGCGCGUAGACUGGAAGCUCUUCUCUUGGUCCUCGGACUCGUCGGUCGCGGCGCGUGGGAGCCGGAGAUGUGGCUCUGUCGAGGCGAUUACUACGCGUAUUACGUACCAGAGGUGAGGCCAGUGAUUGACCCUCUGGAAUUGUACAAGGACGUCGGGAUUUUGGAUGAAGCGAACGCGAAGGUGAACAUGCAGAUCGGCACUACAGCUAAAAAUGGUGGAGCUCUUUCUGCGUUCACGACUGGAUCGUCUUCUAGCACUGUUGUUCUUGAUGGAGGUCAACAAAAUGAUCAGGAACAAGAGUUGAAUCUGAUCAUUGCAUCUACUGACUCUCCAAGCACACAGAUGAAAAGUGAGUGGUCGAUAGGAGAACUCGCAUCAGAGAGAGGAACAGCAUCAUCGUCUGCUACAAACCUCAUGUGGCCGUUUAGCACUCUAUGGAUCGACCUCUUAUCCGCCACAACAGCCAAGGGGGAAAACAAUUUCUCAUCGAAACUCAGAUCUUACCUCAUUUCUCCUUCCUAUAUCCUAUCAGCAAUGUGGUCACCACCUACGCCGUCAUCACCUACGCCUAUCUCUAUUCCAUCCCGCUCUUCUACAACCGUUGAGCACAGUGAAAGUAGCACUGGUACUUCAUCCUCAAGUACUAGAACAUCAUCUUUAAUAUCUGUUUCGUCAACAACGAGAACGACGGAUGAACAUCUUCCUCUUUCGACAACAAGAACCAUGUCCACGACCUCACCACAACUACCUUAUGAGUUGGAUUUUAUCAUAUGGGGCCAUUGGAUUUUUCACCUGUUGAUGUACACAUUGUUCGCCGUUUCCAUGGUCUAUUCGGUGAAGAGCAGAGAAUUCGCUGCCCGUGUAUCCUUGAAACGACCCGAUUUACUGCCGAUCCUAGAGAAGCGUUCACAAUCGAAGUUUGUCGUGCGAGUGGGCAGCUUCCUAGAACGCCAAGUCAUUAUCCGUGCAUGGAAUUUCGGGAGACUGAUGUUUCAAAAGUUCGAAGAAGGACGUUGUAAGAAUCAAUGA